AUGAAAAUUUCAAGAGCAUUUUAUUUAUUUAAGUUUUUACCAUUCUAUAAUUUUUUAAAAAUUAUCUUCGUAGAAGCAGCAGAGAGAGAAUAUAAAUCUGAAAAUUCAUCACAUUUGGAAUCAGGUAAGUUUUGUCAUUUUCCUUCAGAUUUAAAUCAUUGUUCUUGCAAACUCUUUGAAGAUUUAGAAUCAAGUCGUGAUACCAUAAUAAGUAUUGUCUUAAGUAAAUUUGAUAAUUUUAAUUAUCAGGAAAAAAAGAGUAGUUUACAAGAUUUAGAAUAUUUAGGAAAUUACAUUAAGAAUUUACUACUAUUAAAUGAAGGAAAUAGUUCAGUAGAUCUCUUCCAAUAUAUAUUUAUUUGUGUUGUUUUUGAAUUAGAAAGAAGAUAUGUUGAAAUAUCAAUAGAUAUUAAAUCGUGGGAAAGAGAAUGGGUAUCUUUGUGUGUUAUUAAAAAGGAACGUAUAUGUGAAAUGGAACAUAAUAAUUGGCAUAUUAUGAUGGAUGAAAUGAUAUAUAAAUUUAAACAUACUAAAAUCCUUGAAAAUAUGGAUAAUAAAUAUCUAAAAUAUUUGUGGAUGAAAUGGUUCGAAAUAAUGAGGACUUAUUACAUGCAAAGACAAAGAGAUCUUAUAGAAUUGUUUGUUGAUGAAAUAAGAAGAAGAUCUCUUCCUCUUAAUUACGUAAACUAUUAUAGUUCAUAUAAUUCACUGUGGGAAAAAUAUAAACUUUUUUAUAAUCAUACUUUUAGCAAUUAUUUAUGGACUUCCAGAAAAAAAUGGUUAGAAUUAAUAUCAGAAUCAAAUAGAAUAAAUAGUAAGAAACAAGAAUCGUCAUCAAAAAGUAUAGAAUCAAAUAUUAUGGAACAAAAUACAAUACAUAAUCCAUUUUAUUUAACAGAACAAGUGGAAGAACUACUAAAUGAGAAAAUGAUAGGACAACUAAAAGGACAAACGUUGAAACUUACGGAAGGACAAAUAAAAGAAUCAAUAAACCCUGUAGAGAAGCUGAAAGAACAAGUGAUAAAGCAAUUAAAAGAAAAAGACUCAGAAAGCACCAUAGAACAAAUGAAAGCACUAGUAUUAGUACAUACAAUAAAAAAGCCAAAAAAACAAAUAUUGAGGAAAAUUGAAAAAGGAGCAGGACAAAUUAAAAGAAAUGAAGCAGACUCAAUAUUAGGAGCAAUGACAAAAAAAGUACAAAAAGAGAAAGAAAUAGAAGAACAACAAAAAAAAAGGUCAGAACUUACAGAAACAAAAAAUUCAUCGCAUGAAUUAAGAAAAUUACAAGGACAUAUGUUUAGUCAAAUUACAAGACAAAGUCCAGAAAAAACUGAAGAACACGUAAACUAUACCGAAAUAGGGCAUAAACUAAGAAUAAAACAAGAAAACACGCAUGAUAAUAUUCCAGAAAAAAUAUCAAAGAGACAUUCACGGAUGGAAUCAAAAAUUCAAAAAGGUACAUCUAAUAAAAUUGAAUGGGGAACACAAGAAACUGAGGAGUACAAUAAAAGAAUUGAUAUGAAUACUAUGAAUAAUAUUGAAAAAGAAAAAAUACAAAGAUAUACUUCUGAACAAGUUAUAAAACAAGAACAAAUUCAAGAAUAUAUGAAUCGACAAAUACAAAAGAGAACACCAACAAAUAUAAAAGAAAAUAUGCAUGAGCAAAUUAGUGGAACAAAAUCAGAAAAAAAUGAAGAAUGUAUCAAAUUAGAAAAACCAACAAUAAGCCUAACAGAUAUCGUAAAACGAAAAAAAAGGCAAACUACAAAACAAAUAGAAGAAAAAGCAGCCGAACAAGAACAAGGAACAAUAUCACAGGAAAUAAAGCAAAACUUUUCAAUAAAAAUGAAAAAACAAAUAUCCAAUAAAUUAGAAAAUCAAAUCCCAAUGCAUGCUACAGAGGUAAAAGAAGUAGACACAUCAAAAACAGCAAAAAAAUCAGCAAAAACGAUAUUAACACGAAGAUCAGAAAGAAUUUCAGAAGAAACAUUAGGAAUAAUGCAAGAACUCACAAUACAACAUAUAUUAUCUGUCAUACCAUUACCAAGACUAGUGCCAUUUAAAGUUUUGACUUUAUUAAUUGUUAUAGUUUAUAUGUAUGUUUUUAAUUAA